GCAGCGGCCUGGCCGCGCGCUUUUGUCACGCCGCACCAACCCUCCACCACGGGCGCCGCGAGUUGUUGGGCUGUGGGCAGGGACGACCAGCUCUCCCGGCGUCGACGCCCGCUCCGGCGCUCCCCUCCCUUUUCCUCUACGUCCUCCUCCUCCUCUCCUCCCCGUCUCCGUCACAUCCUCUCCUCCCCAUCGUCCUCCCCUCUGGCAUGCCGCAAGCAUGGACACCAGCACCCCCAUUUCGACCGACGCCGCUGCAGCCGCCGCCAAGCGCAAGCGGAGUCCCUCCACCGGCUCCGUCUCUGCGCCCGUCGCAAAGGCCGCGAAGACGAGCAGCCAGCUGAGCAUCAACUACCUCGCCCGACAAUCGCACGACGACUUGCCUCUCAUCAACAAGGACGACACUCUCCCGAAUCUGCUCCACCUACUCGGCGCUUACAGCAACAUCCUCGAUAGACACGAGUCAUUGGCCUCCAACCUUGGUGCGAGACCUCUCGGACCCAUCCUCAUCAAGCGCUUCGAACGCUGUUUCGAUGCUCCGCCCAAAAUCGUUGCCAGUCACCACAAGAAUGCGACUGGAGACCCCGCCGAGACGAGCCACACCAUCACCUGGCUAGAAGUAAUUGAGUUUGCGCGCGCCCACCCCAGCCAGUUUACGCUCAGCACAUUCUCCGAAGGCCGCAGGGUGUGCCAAUUCUACUACCCUCAGAAACAGUUGCGCGUGCAGAUCAGCGAGGAAGACUUUCUCUUCAUUAAUAGUGGAAGAUGUCAGGAACUCAUCCCGCCUCUGCCAAUCUGGGAAGACGAAGAGAAGGAGGUCGGCACGUGCGAUGUGCUGGAAACGAAGCUCAAGGAGCUGACCAACGUGGCCGACAUGGUUGCGGCUCGCACGCGGCAAUUGUCUCAUAGGUUGAAGGGUCGCCGAGCAGCCAUACUUGAGCGACGAGCAGAGGGCGGUAGUGGGACACCGGCGAAGGCAACUGCACCUCAGACUACCACGGCGCCUCCAUCGUCUUCGGGUUCAGGAUUUGUCGCUGUCAAUUCGACCCCGGCCAAUGGCAAGCCUGUUGCUGAGAGCGUCGAACCAACGUUGGGAUCGAACGCAGCUAUUCGGACUGAGCUCCUGCGGCACUUUGAGAGCUUGCCUCACAAUCAAAAUGCUCCGAAACUGCACGCCCGGCACCAGUCCACAACCGUCGAUCCUCAACAGACGCCGAAAACAUUGGACUUUAGCGGGACACUGCCCAAUGAUGGCGUCACAUCCAACAAUUCAUCAUUGUCGCCUGUGCCAACAAAUGUGUUGGGUGAAAGUCUACCUUAUGCUUCCGAUAGCAACCGAGCAAGCGCGAACACAUACACACAUCGCCCGUCUCUGAGCACAGGGAAUCCAUAUUCAUCUAGCCACACACCACUCAAGCACAAUUUCAGCCGCCCACUCCCCCCUGCACUGGAAAGUAGCCAACCCUUCCGACCACUCUGUCAAGCCCAUAUGGACAGCCUUCCUCGAGGGACUCGCGUCAUGCCGCCCUGUGAUAGAUGCCGGAGGUUGCGCAUGGACUGCGUCAAGAACCUAACGUCUUGCGCUGGAUGUACCAGGAAGCACGCUCGUUGCCACUGGCGUGACGUGUCGCGCGAGGAGUUGGGUGCGCUUGACCACCUCAUGGACUCGAGCUACCCUGGCCUUGCGGGUUCUCCUACCAACGGCGCACAUCCAUCUAACGGAUAUGCGAACGGGGCAAGUGACAAUGGGGACAGCGAUGAUGACGAUAGCAACCCUCUCGAGGACCUCGAAGCCUUGGACGAGAAGGAAGAACAGGAGAACCAGAUUCGAGAGGACGAGGAAGGUCUACGCAACGCCAAAGAACUCGCGAGACAGGGCUUCGAAGACAGCAUGCGUGAUGGCCAGCAACAACAGCCGGGUCCAAACGAACCUGGCGAGCCAAAUCGCGGUCCAGGGGGAACGAUACCGGCCUAUGUUCAAACUGCAAAUGUCGAAGUGUCCCAGAUUGCCGAAGAGCCGCAACCUGUGGGCAAUCUUGCUACCCCACCAAACUCAGCGCAAGUUCAAGAGAGGCCGCUGGAUCUCCCGUUCCAACUUCAUGGCAACCAGCAGCGCGAGAUCCUCUUGCAGAAAGAGAAUGCUCCUGUGGACCGUCCGCCUUCCACGGAUACGGCAGCGACUAAUGGCGGCUUCCGCCCCGUGAAUGAGACUAUGAAUAAUGGCAGCGCGAUUGCUUCGAGUGGGACUGGGUGGCGAGCGAUAUGAUCUUGGUCACGUGUUGAGUGGCUACCAAAUUCUUAGCUUAUGACGGAUGGAUGAAUGGAUUUCUAGAACAGGUGCUCAGCCUACUGCACGGCGACACACAAUGCACCAGAAUUUUCUUGGGCACUCUCCUGGCCAAAGUCUUAUCCUCCAUUCUUCACUGUAAAUGCGACACGACUGGGAGGACCACGUGAUAGCAGUCGACUUUUGCCUGUGGUGAGUUACAUGCAGUUUGAAGGUGGCUUAUCGCUGUGUAGAUUAGCAGACACCCCCAAAGCCAAG